UCUUCGUCGUUCUCUGGUGUGACGGUCGCAAUUAUUUCUGAUUUUUUGUUUGUUCAUUUUGUUUUGAAUUUGCCACCCAAAAAGGUGAUCUCUAAGCGCAAGUCCCCUAUUCACGCCAAAAUCAACACAGAAAUGGCUUCGGCCGUCUUCGCCAGAGAGCGAAGAAAGAAAAUAAACUCGUUUGAUAGAAAUAAGCCCUUUCUGAUAUUAAAAAAAUCUAGGGUGAUUCAUAAGCGUUGAUAAGAUCCUUAUUUCGACAGCUUUUUUGCCUCCAAAAUCCUGUGGCGCGCGGCGAGCUUGCCGCCUCGCCUUUACUACCCUGGUUCCAGAGGCUCCAAGUUUCACUACUCACGGGCCGCGAAGCGGCGGCAACGACUGAGCGUAGCGCCGGCGCUGUUGUCUUGUACGAGCCAUUAAACAGAGAGAAGGAAUGAAGGAGACUCUGGAACCAAGGUACGCCUUAACUUACUGUGAAGAUGUUUCCAAACUUGUCGGCCCCCGCGAGUGUGUCGUAGUCCAAGUAACAACAGCAUGUCAACCAUCUGCAAGACACAAGCAGAGAGCUUUGUUUGAAAUUGCGCUUACACCAGUUUGACGGCGACAACACGAGGAGAUCCGUUGGCAACCCAUAAGCAAUCCGUUGGAAAAUUACUGACAAUCCCCUGGCAACAUAUUAGCGAUUUCCAACAUACUGCAUAAGAAGAAAUCCCUUCGCAACAUAUUAGCGAUAUGCUGGCAACUCAUUAGCAAUCCGUUGAAAACAUAUUGGCAACUCAUUUGAAAUUAUUUGGCGGUGAUCUUGCAUGAAGGAAAGUAAGGUAAUUCUUAAGAUGCUAUCAGUUACCAAGAGUUCGCAGGAUAUUCAAAUCCGCCGAGAUCGUCUAAUCUUUUGAGCGCUAUCCUAACACGGAUCUAGACAAAUCAGUACGCGGGUAUUAUCAAUGCACUUAGUAAACUACCAAAAAUCAUAUGAAACCUAGAGGUGUGUCGUGUCGAUUAGGCUAAGUUCAAACGUCGUAUUAUUCAUGAGUCGUAUUCAAUGCAAAUGCGUACAAAUGAAGAUGGGACACUCGACGUGAUUCAUCUGCAUGGCAUUUACAUUGAAUACGGCUCAUGGAUAAUACGACGUUUGAACUUAGCCUUACGUAGCGGGAGAUAAUGAAUUGAAUUGGAAGUGUCAAAAUCCUGAGGAAAUGAAAGUCUCUAAUAACGUAUAUCCAUCUUCCAGCAAAUAAUCUUCUCGUUAGUCGAGUCCAAACCCUACUUUUUGUGGAAAGAAAAGGUUAGCAUUGUACGAACAAAUUUGCUCAUUUAUAAUUGAUAAUCAUUUCUAAUAAAAAAAAAGCAAAAGCACUUAAAAUACUCUUAAUUUUCUAUUUUUUUUUUCAUAAAAUUUUCGGUGAUUUCAAUAAAUGUCGACCCAAAACAUAUCUCAAAAUCUCAUAAUAAAUUUGCAAAAUAACAGGUGUAGUUUUCUAUUAUCUCGCCAUCUAAAAUUGGCUUAGGACGAUAAAUGUCCUAAAUAUUCGAAAACCGACACGUUACAUUUGGGUAUCGACGUAAUUGUCGUAAAACAUUACUUUUAAGUAGUCCCGGACUACAUGAAGUCCAAUCGGUUCUCCGCUAACAUGAAAUAUUCUUGUGGCAUCAUUUCAAAGAAACUCUGAAUUUAGUGGAGUUCAGGUGAGAGUAUCAAUAUGAGACAAGAAAAUUAAGUUUUAUCUGCUUAUCUACGACUUGAGAUUGCCUAUUUGAUCGUCACGCCCCCGAAAGAAAUGGCUCACUUGGCGUGCGCGCAAAACAUGCCUGCCAAGAUUCAUGCGUCAAGUUCAACUGUCUGGCGGCUUUUGUUUUUUUUUAUUUAUGAACAAAUAUAGGGUCUUUGUGGCGAAUGUUUCACCGGAGUGUUAAAAUCUAGAAAUAGGAAUAAUCACUUUGCAGGAGUAUUUAUUUUAGUUAGAGAUAAGACCGCGCGCAGUCUGGGCCGAUUAUUUAUUGGCGGUGUGAAUUAUGAAGCUGGGCAAACAUAAGAGAGCGUUAACAUGCGAGACAAUCAGACUUGACUGUGAGCACAGAGCGACCUCUAACAACUUUUAGAGGAAGACACCGACGCUCUCGAACUUUCAAGAACCUUCGGAGGAGAAAAAGGUGGAAGUAGAAAGUCUAUCUCUUGAAGCUGGUCAUUAUUAUUCAUAGCCAUUGUAAGCCGUUUUUCAUAGAAUAUCGGGAGUUUAUAGCAUCAAGCCCUCAAUCCGCUAUGGAAAACGCUUCUCAAAUCAAUUCAACUAACGGAACAGAGAGUGGAUUCUUGGAGCGUUUUCUACUUCACCAAACAAGCGAAGGUCGCAUAGCACUAGGAGUUCUGGGCCUAGAAAUACUCCUUAUAAUCUCGACAAACACUUUAGUAUUUCUGCUGGUAGCACGGUACAAGGAGCUCCGCCGCAAGUCGAACUACUGCCUGAUCAGCCUCGCUAUGUCGGACGUCCUUGCCGGGCUAGUCUCGCUACCAUUAGUAAUUGCCUGUUCCACAACAAGUCAUGUCUCUAUCUGUACGACAAUGGACUUAUGCCAGCGCUUUCUCUCCAUCUCGACAAUCUUCCACCUGGUGGUUGCCACAGGCGAACGCUACGUGAAAAUACGCAACCCGCUGAAGUACAAGUACGUGGCUACGAGUAGUAGAAUUCUCGGCGUUUUAGUCCUCGUCUGGUUGUUCUCGCUGUUCGUCUCGCUCAUCCAACUAGCGUGGAUCGAUCUACCGGAUAGUAGAAGCUAUGAUCUGACGUUCACCAUUGUGUGUCUGACUUUACUUGCGUUUCUACCUUUUGCGGCGAUCGUGGGGGGUUAUGGCCACAUGAUCUAUAUCAUCAAGCAGGAAAGUAUAGCUAGGUCACUUAUGAUGUCACAAGGCGGGAAACCGAGGAAGGGCAUGCGGCGGCGGGAAAACGAGCGCAAAGUUCUACUGGUGUACUUGGGAAUGGCCCUCAGCUUCGCUCUCGGCUGGUUCCCGUACUUUAUAAUAACUCUCUUACAAGACCUUGGUAGGGUCAAACAGUUAACGUUUUGGACGUCGAUCUUCUUGUUGUCGCUUAAGUUUACCACUGCGCUUGUGAACCCGCUGUUGUAUACAUUCUUCAAAGCGGAUUUUCAGAAGGCCGUGCGAGGAUUCGUCAGAGGCGAUGACUUAAAACCGAGAACAAAGACGUUGUCUAAAGUGUGAAGCAUAUAUCAUAAAAUAAACUGCAUUCAACUUUUAUUGAACAAGGACGUUAUAAUCUCGCCAGAAGUACCAAGUGACUCGUUACUGUGAGAAGUAUCAGUUUUGCUAGGACAACAGGUGAAGACGCAAGCUGUUUUCAAAGCAAUCCUAAAAAAAAACUGAAUUUGUAUGCCUUAUGCAUCUCGCCUUCUUUAUUCUAUAGACUCGUCCCAGCAUUAGUUGUGGUUCGCUUUUACUGAUAGAAAAUGGGACAUAGUCAAAUCAUUUUCAGAACACUUUGUGUAAGAUUAAAAAGGGAAAAAAACAAUUUCCUUUAAACUGUAACAAAACGAGGAAAUACAUUUAGACUGAGAGGUUAUUUAAAAGCACAUUCAACACGAGAAGUGUAAAACUGGGUAGUUCGAGAACAAUUGAAAGAACAAUUUCCUUUCUAAUCGACAUCAGAAUGACCAAACAACAAAUCUAACCAAUAAAAUAAUUAUGCCAUGACAACUGUUUGGUAAUGUCCAAAGUAUAGUAUUAUAUAUACUGUCCAUUUAUGGACCGCAUUUCUAUCAUUACCUAUGUAUUUGUUUCGCCUCUUUACACCCGCAUCGAUUUAUCUGAUAAGUAUAUUAAAAAGAUUAGCUUAUCAGGAAAUUGCCAGUGAAUAUAUCCAAUCACGGAGUUCUAUGAUCUCUCACCAGACAAAGGCUGAAUAAGAUGGUAUGGAAACUGUGGACUACUGUAAACAGAAAUCAGAAUACUAACAAUUACGUAGCAGGCUGGAGUAAGAUUUAACAUGUAGGACAAUAUCAUUCCACAAAAUGUUCUUACAUUAUUUUGUAAUCGCAGAUACAAUAUUUUUUAAUUAAAAAAAAAACAUUUGUCAGAGCAAAUGGCAAAUGCUAUAGGCCAACCGCAGCUUAUGGGUAUAUUAUAGUUUUCCUGCAUUCAGUAAAAUAAAUGAUAAGUCGAUUGUAUUACUUCCAUUUGACUAUUGUCAGUUGCGCCCAAAUUGAAUUUUGAAAUAGGUGUAUACGUAAUAAGUAGGUUUUUAGCAAAACAAGAAAUAUAUUUAACAAAUCUGGGUAACAUAUUACUGGUUAUAUAUCAGAGUCUUUAUAGAACAGACAGCAGAAAAUGAAUUUGCUAUCAAAAAUAAGAUGCAAUCAAAUUAUACAAGACUGAAUCUAUUAUUGGCGCCAUGUCAAUAAACAGAAACUAGCCGUGAACAGUCGGUCACAUGAAAGAGCCAACAAGCUCAAACUCAACAAGAUUGUAAGAUUAAUUAAAUAGUUAUCUGUUUGCAGAAUAGACGACUUGAAUCCAUCAAGCAAUCAGACAGAGAAAAACUCGGAAAUAAAGAGUUGUUUGACGAUUA